AUGGCUCUUGGAUCCAGUAUGUCUGUGUUCGCGGUGGUGGCUGUAUUGGGUAAUGCUCUUUUUUGGUUUGCUCUUCUCUAUGACAAACGGGCACUAGGUAUAAGCAACGCUUUCCUAAUGAACCUAAGCGUGUCAGACUUUGUGGUAGGAGUGUGGAACAUGCCUAUAACUGUAAUAUCUGUGGCGGCUAACAAGUGGUUGCUGGGUAAAACCCUCUGCAACUUCUCAGCGUUUGUGGACAACACAAUGUUACUGAUCAGCGUAUGGACAGUGGCUUGUUCCUCUUUAGACAAGUUCUACAUGGUCCAGUACCCGCUACAUUACCACCGCAACAUUACCUGGGCUAGAGUCACUAAACUUAUAGUUGGUAUCUGGGUGGUAGCAGGGCUGUGCAACUCUCCACCUCUCUUCAGCUACCAGGGACUAGAAUUCAACUAUUCGACCUGGUCCUACAGUUGUGGACUCAUCUGCCCUCAGGAACUUUACGGACAGGCUUUAGUAAAAGCACUAGAAUCCUCUAGUCACCGCAGAAACACGGUUAGUGACUGCAACAAAGUCCGUGUUGACCUGGAAAUACCCAGAACAUCUCCCAACUCCACCUCUAACCUGGUCCAGAAAAACUGUGCACGUGCAAACGAGAAGACUGCACGUGCAAGUGUCAUGAUGUCCUGCCUAGUUCCAAUAACAGUAGUUGGGUUUCUGCACUUUAUUGACGGCUCUCUCAUUACCAUUGGACCAGAAUUUGUUAUAGCGUUCCACUGGUUACUGCUCAGUGGGAGUGCCGUGAAUCCGGUACUUUACGGCAUCGUGAACCCUUUCUUCAGAAGAGCUUACCUCAAGUUAAUCCUUAUCAUCAAGUCUAAAGUUUGGUCUUCAAUAAUCCAGCCAAUAACCAGCACACUGGGUUGCAAAGUCACCAUGACAACCACUGAAUCUGACAACAGUAACAACAACAGUAGCAGCCGACAUCCCAAAUCUGUGGGAGAGAACCUUGCCACUAACUCAUCUGGUAACCAGAAGUAA